AUGCCUGUUAAACGCAGUACGCUGUGGUGGCGUUACUGGCGUACCUGCGAACUGCGACUUGGCCCAUAGGCUGUGAAAUAUUAGUCGCCAUUGUUAAAUUUUUAACCGUUUACUCAGCUUUACUGGUUCACAACUUAUUUUCUUUAUGUGUAUAAAUUAAUAAGACUUAGUGCUAUACCGGAAAAAAUAUUUUUUGAUAAUUUGGAAAGAUCUACUGUCAUUAAGUAGAUUGAAAAACUGGUGUUUGCAGCAAAAUGGACAACUUGUAUGUGCGUUAUUAUGUGGGUCACAAAGGAAAAUUUGGGCAUGAGUUCCUAGAGUUCGAGUUUCGUCCUGAUGGACGCUUACGGUAUGCCAACAACUCCAACUACAAGAACGACACGAUGAUCCGCAAGGAAGUAGUGGUGCAUCCCGCCGUGAUGGACGAGGUGCGCCGCAUCAUCUCCGAGAGCGAAAUCUUGCGGGAGAACGAUCAGAAGUGGCCUGUUCCCGAUCGUGUGGGUCGUCAGGAGCUGGAGAUUCUCAUGGGCUCGGAGCAUAUUUCCUUCACCACCAGUAAGAUCGGGUCCCUGAUGGACGUCAAUAACAGCACCGAUCCCGAAGGACUGCGCUGCUUCUAUUAUCUGGUGCAGGAUCUCAAGUGCCUGGUCUUUUCCUUGAUCGCCUUGCACUUCAAGAUUAAACCCAUCUAAUUCUGUUUCAUGUGCUGACGUCUCUCGAUUUCGCUCGUAUAAGAUUAAGCUCGCUGAUAGAAUCAGACGUCCUGUUGGCUAUAGGUGUCCGAAUGAUUAUUAGCAAAUCAUUUUUGAACAUAUGGCGAAGUGUGUAACUUCAACUGCUAUCGUUAGUAAUCAGUUUUUCCACUUUUUACGGUUAUGAUCUCCACGCGUGGCUGAAACCUGGCUACAGGUUAUCAAUCGUAAUAGCCAUUUAUGAUCAGUUAAUAAAAAACAACAAGUCAGA